AUGAGACCUGAUCGCCGAACCGAAAACACGCAGCUUCGAAGCUUCUCGUCAUCACAAAACGUAUUGAAUCAGGCGGAUGGAUCGGCGACAUUUGAUCUAGGUGAAACGUCCGUUAUGGUAUCAGUACUCGGUCCAGUGGAGGUGCCUUUGCGCGAUGAAAAGAUGGAUGAGGCUACUGUGGAAGUGGUUGUACGGCCGUCAAUGGGUGUGCCAGCGACAAAGGAAAAGUUGAUGGAGCAAACAUUACGGAGGGCCAUUGAACCUGUUAUUCUUGGUGGUAUGAUGCCUCGAACCCUUAUACAAAUCGUCGUGCAGAUCUUGAAGGAUGAUGGAUCGGCGAUCGCUGCAUCAUUAAAUGCAAUGAGCUUAGCGUUGGUGGAUGCCGGUGUCCCAAUGAAUUUCAUGAUUGCAUCCAUGUCUUGCAUGAUAGACCGUACCACAAAUGAGAUUGUCAUGGAUCCAACAACCAAAGAACUCGAGAGCGCAUCAUCCGUACACACAUUUGCAUUCGACAACCUUAGUGCAACCCCUAACAUAUUAUUAUCCGACUCAAGAGGCGACUUCUCUCAGAAACAGUAUUUCGAAUGCCAUGACAAAUGCCUUACUGCGGUCGAGAAGGUGCAUGACUUUUUGAGAAUGGCUGUCAAUAGCAAAAAGGAAAAGGAAUAUCAACAGCUUAGCAACGAAUAA